GAAGGAAGGACGUGCUGCUGCUCGGCUUCGGGGCCUCCACGUGGCCGGCUGGGUACCCGAAUCGGAAGCCGGAGCAGGAGGCCCACGGGAGCGGAACGUCGGGGAGCAGUGCAGCGGCCCUUCGAGCGAGCAGCGGAUUGGAGCGGCUCGGUGGCCAGGGCCUCUGUAGCCCGGCCGCCUGUGCUUUGGAGGCGGCGGCGGGAACUGCCCACGAGGAACCAGCGGGGAUCACGACACAACCGGCGGACUCAGGACCGGGAGACGGCAGGGACGACAAUGAUGCAGCGCUUCCGGAAGCUGGCACCUGGAGCCGCCAAGGAGCCCGAGCAGGUGCCCGAAUGGUUGUGGAACCUUGGGAUGUAGAGGCGUUUAGGGCCAUCCAAGCCUCCAUAGCGCCCAGGACACGGGUUGCCUACGACAAAAGGGUCAGGGCCUUUCUGCAGUUUAGAGCUCAGGUAGGAUUGGUCCAUGUGUGGCCUGUGCCGCCGGAACAGCUGAUGCAGUACCUGGUGCACCUCCGUGCCCAGGGGCUGGCGGUGAGCACCAUGGCCGGCCAUUUGGCUGCGCUGGCUUUCUUUGGGAAAGCAAGGGGCCUCCCCGACCAUUCUGGGGACUUCAGGGUCCGGCGCAUGCUGGAGGGCUGGGCGAGGGAGACGCCCGUGCAACCUGACCGACGUAGGCCGGUCACCCCAGAGGCGCUGCAGCUGGCACUGCGGCAACUUGCCGGGGUUUGUGCGUCUCCUUAUGAGGAGGUCCUGUUCAGGGCGGCAGCCUUGGUUGCUUUCUUCGGGGCCUUUAGGGUUGGAGAGAUGUUCCCCAGGAGCAGGCGCAGCCCCACGAGUAGGGUACUUCAAUUCAGUGACCUCACCGUGGGUGCUUCCCGGGUGGUACUGCACCUUAGGUUUUCAAAAACAGAUCAGAGAGGCAAGGGGCAGAGUGUCGCGCUGCAUGCCGCUGGCGACCCAGGCUUGUGCCCAGUCCGUGCACUGGAGGACUACACGGAGGCCAGGGGUUCAGCUAUGGGGUGCCUCUUUAUCCACGCUAAUGGGCGCCACGUGACCCAAUUCCAGUUUUGGGCGGUGAUGAGGAGAGCCUUUGUGGCGGCGGGGGUGCCUACCCAGGAUCUGGCCCCCCACUCCUUUCGGAUUGGGGCGGCUUCCAUGGCUGCUCGGAUGGGUUAUUCGGGCCCGGAAAUCCGGCGGCUGGGCAGGUGGCGGUCAGCGGCUUACCGCCGAUACGUGCGGUAGAUGGGCGCAUAAAUUCUGCCCCACCCCACCCCCACCCACGAACCAUUUAUUUGUGCCGCUCCUAAUGCUUUCUCCUCUUGCGCAGGGCCUCAGUCAGCUGGGCCGAGGGCGGCCGGGCAGCGCGCAAGAGUCCUCAUACUGGGCCAUUCCUUCAUUUUCUGGGCACGCAAGUGGGCGCAGAGCGCCGACCCUGGAACCCAGCUGGGUUUGGGGCGUUGGGCCACUGUGGAGUGGCUUGGCCGGCGGGGCAUGCGGAGGGCCCAGUUCCUGCCGAUGCUGCACGAGUUCCUGGAAGGGAAUCCUGUCCCGGAUGUCCUGCUGCUGCAUUUUGGAGGCAACGACCUGGUGGACCAGUCUGGCAUUUCGCUCUCAAGACAGAUUGCCCAGGACCUGGUGGUCGCCCUCUCCUGGUGCCCAGGGCUGGUGGUCAUCUGGUCUGACAUCACUCAGCGGCGAGUCUGGAGGGGGGCGGUGAAGCAGAACAAGGUAGAUAGGGCUAGGCGCGGGGUGAACGCGGCCAUGGCGCGCUUCAUCACCUCAAAGGGGGGUGGGUGCAUCCCACACAACGACAUCGCGUUCUCGCUCCCCCAGUUAUUCAGGGGUGAUGGGGUGCACUUGUCCCCCCUUGGUAUGAGGUAUUUCUUAGACGAUCUGCGGCUGGGGUUGGCAACAGUGCUGUUAGGCCUGUGGGGUGGCGGGGCGUCAAGCUAGGCUGACGCCCGCUGUGGCGGGCACAGUGCGGAGGUGAGCGGCUGAUGCGGUGCGGCACCUUAGGUAAGCUUUAGCUGUAAGGUGGAGGGGCAGAUCCCUUGAGGCUUUACAGAUCAGGGAUGCUGCCUUGCUCCCACCUCCCUGCAACCGACACCCUUCCGUAUGGCUUUACAGCGUCGGACAGGUGAUGUAAAUUGCAGGGUCCUGACCUUAGGUCGGCAACGAAGGGCGCCCCCUUCUGGAAGGUGGGCCGCCUGGAGCCGAGGUGUCUGUGCCAUGAGAUUCUAGGGCGGGGGUGGCCACGUGGUGGCCCCCCCCAUCCGAGCCCGCACUGUUGCUGCUCUGAAUGCCAACCCCAGCUGCCGUGCCUGUGCAGGCACUGUCUUAAAACCUUGUACCCCUAAUAAAGUGACCAGUUCCUCCAUAAUACUUCUGUGUCCGUGUCUCCUUGGGUCUGGGUGCAAGCCAGCCGAUCGCAGCUGCUCUAGGCUGCGCGGCUUGUUUGCCCUCAGCCCCACCCCCUGGAGCACGUGGCACUGGGAGCUAGCUCCCAUUGGCCCGGCUCCGUCUCGGAGGCGGGGCUAGCAGCAGUGAACCGGCAGCAGGCCUGUGCCAGCUCAGUCCUUCCCUGACCGAGCACCCUCCCUCCCUCCCUCUGGCAUAGGUUGGGCUUUGCUGGUCGCCGUUUGGGGCCGGGCAGGAAUUUUUUGGGUAUACGCUUGAUUGGCCUUAGCGUGCACCUUUUUUCGCCUGCCUCAACCUAUACCAGUUAGUAGCAAGGUUGCUUAGCGGGAUUGAUUAGUUAGCCAGGGAAUAGCUUGUGGUCACUUUUACCAUGGGGUUGGCGGGCACAGUGCGGAGGUGAGCGGCUGAUGCGGUGCGGCACCUUAGGUAAGCUUUAGCUGUAAGGUGGAGGGGCAGAUCCCUUGAGGCUUUACAGAUCAGGGAUGCUGCCUUGCUCCCACCUCCCUGCAACCGACACCCUUCCGUAUGGCUUUACAGCGUCGGACAGGUGAUGUAAAUUGCAGGGUCCUGACCUUAGGUCGGCAACGAAGGGCGCCCCCUUCUGGAAGGUGGGCCGCCUGGAGCCGAGGUGUCUGUGCCAUGAGAUUCUAGGGUGGGGGUGGCCACGUGGUGGCCCCCCCCCAUCCGAGCCCGCACUGUUGCUGCUCUGAAUGCCAACCCCAGCUGCCGUGCCUGUGCAGGCACUGUCUUAAAACCUUGUACCCCUAAUAAAGUGACCAGUUCCUCCAUAAUACUUCUGUGUCCGUGUCUCC